GUGAUUGCGUACAUACGGUAAAGCAGUUUUAUUUUUGAAAUGCGAGGCUGAAAAUGGGAUAUUGUGAGCUUUGUGGCAGCGUAUAUCCAGAUGGAGGACAGUCACAAACCAUCCACGAGUCCGGAAAACGACAUCAAAAAGCUGUUGAACGGCACAUGCAAGCCGCUGAACUUCCAAAAAAGACAGUGUUCGUGGCACUGGCAUCAAAAGGAGAGGCAGGCUACAGCUCAGUAAAUUCUGACUUGUUGAAGGCGGCUUUUAGCACCUUUGGAGAAGUCACACAUGUUUCGUGUGGGUUCCUUCAAGAUCAUGCUUUUGUUGAGUUCGCCACUGAGGAGGCCGUUGAGAAGGCCAAAGCUGCUAAAUCUUUGAAAAUCAAUGAACAUCUUACUGGAGUCAUCUACGAACGUCGGAUCACUUUUCAAGAUGAUCAUCCUGGCUCUUCUCUAGAUAUUGAAGAGAUCGUUCAACAUAUAAAAGAUCCUGCGUGUCAGGGCUUUAUCACUCAUGUUGACAGAAUAGCCUCUGCUAUAGGGACUACGGAGGCAGAGAUGUCGCGUCGUGCCGCUCUCUGUAAGCGUUUUGAAGAUCUUCUCAAGCGCUAUAUCAUAGAUCCUACCGUAGUGCAGUUCGGUUCUGCAAUAACUGGGGUUGGCACCAAUGAUUCCGAUAUGGAUCUAUGUCUUCUAUUCAAACAAGAGACCGCGCUUAUGUCUGAAUUUGUUCGUGAUGUGAACGAGUUGCUUUCGUGCCCAGCCGAAAACUUCCGAGAGAAUCUUGUACACCCCGAUGAAUUGCGCGCUCUUUCUAGACGAGAUCAGACUGAUGUGCUCUUUCGCAUACUCAAAGAGAUGAGGAGGGAAAAGUGUGGCUUUUUCAAAAGCUUAUAUGCCGUUUCUGAUGCGCGCUGUCCGGUGAUAAGAUUUUCUGCGUACGACAGACAUUUGGUUGAGUUAUCCGUGAACAAUAGCAUAGGCUAUCAGAAAUCUGCAUAUCUGGGAGCAUUGGUGCAAAGUGAUCAGUCUGAAUUUCUUCGCAAGAUGAUACUUGCCUUGCGCUUUUGGGCCAUGUCGAACGGAGUGUUUAAAUCCGAAAGGAAAAAGACUUGGAACCUCAAUUCAUACACGAUAACGUUGAUGUUUGUGAUCUUUUUACAAUCGGAAGGACUUUUACCAGUCUUCACGCAUUCGCAGACUCCGGAGUAUGCGAGCGAUAACAGAGUCGAUUUUGCAGUUCCACCCUAUUCUCUAGCAGACGUGGAUAUGAGAAAGUUAUUCAGAAAGUUUUUCGUAUUUUGCGUAGAAAACCAACUGGAAAAAUCAGUUUUCUCACUGAGGAAGGGAGGGUUGGUGCCUUUGGCUGACUUGGAGGGGCAGAUGAAUUCCAAGCCACAAUCGGUGCUUUUUGUGCAGGAUCCGAUAGAGGUGUCUGAUAAUGUAGCAAAGAAUGUAACUAGUAAAGCAGUAAAAACAAUGAGACAUGCAAUGAUGCUUUCACUUGCUGCGCUCAAGCAGAACGCUGAUUCUUUUGCUGUGAUGUUAGGUGUACUGAAGCCGAGUGAGACUACGACUUCACCUGCACCCACCACGCCUGCUACAGAGGGUUCAUGUCGCGUCUCUGAAUUCCCAGAAACGGUAGACGAUUGUGCAAUGGAGACGUUGAUGCAGAUUAUCCUGCUCAUAAUUUUACGAUGUGAGACUCCAGCCAUGCCUGCAAAAAGGGCUAGAUUUGAUUGCGAUGCUGCUGAUCUCGGUCUAUUCGAGACUCCCAGGAGACUUUGGAUCUCAAGAAGGACUCUGAGAAAGAAGUGGAGCGCAGUACUUGAGCCAGACGAACAAUUUCCUCUACUUAUUGAAGCUCUUGUUUCUAAUUCUCUCUAUUCAUCCACACCCAGCGACUGCAUCUUACAAUUCCAAGCGUUUUUCGAUUUUCACGGGGAUUCGCUUUGGGUCGGCUUGAAACUUGUCGAUGGUGAAAUGGUUGAUGUUGUGAAUGUGGCCCACUUCAUUGAACAAAUGCUUACAAAGACGAAAGAUUAUCUCGCAUCCAACGGAAAUUUGGAUUUGAAGCAGUUCUCAUUAGAGGAGUUCCAGAAAAAAUUCGAUGGUAUCUUCAAUAGUAAGAGAGCUUUAGCAAUCUAGUAUACGUGCUCAUUGUUUUAUUUUUGAAGUUUUUGAUUUCAGAGUUUUUAUAUUUUUUUACUCGUGUGCGGGUUUUAUAAGAUCUUCGUUUUGACUCGAAAGAACCUCUUACAUUUGUGUUUUCUCUAAUUAACUUUCCUCAGUUUUUUUUCGUACGCGAAUUGACCUCGCUUGAAUAAAUUCAACAAAUGGAAUUUUUUUAGCAUUUCUGUGAGUUUUGAUAUAGACAGC